UUUUUUUAAAUUGCAUGAAAAAAUAUACUUAAUUGUAGUGACAAUAAAAAUAUUUUAUUUUAAAAAAUAUAAUAUAGCGUAACGGAACUCUCCACAUCGUGCCUAUAAUGGAACGCAAACGCAUCCAUGAUCCAAUCGUAAACAAAGAAAACCGUGCCGCCGCCAGAGACUGACGUUAAUUUAAAAAAUUACAAAAACAAUCGAGCGUGCGAUUUAAAAAAAUUCUAAUAGUGAUUUUAAAAGUGGAAUUAUUAUGUGAACCUUGAAGAUAAUUGAUAAAUUAACAAAUAUGAGUGAAAUAAAUUUCAUAAUCUAUAAUUAGAUUUGAUAUACGUGAUAUCGCCAGCAGGAAAUCCCGCAGGAAAUGAAGACAUACAAGUCGCGAGCUCGCAGACUUUUAAUUUAGUUUCUAUUUGCAAAAACCAUGGGCACGUUGUAUAAAGAGCUUUUUAAAUUAUACGACUUGAUUCAAAGUGGUGAAUCGAGAUGUGUUAAUCGAUAUUUGAGUGAAAAUACAAUAGAUUUGAAUAUAAUUUUACCAUGUAAGGGUAUUGGAGUUUUACAUUUAGCUGUAGGAAUAGAACCAUUGGAAAAAUCUAAAGAAUGCACUGAAAUAAUUUUAAAGAAUGGAGGAGACCCAAAUAUUAUUAAUGACGAUGGUGUAACACCCGUCCACAUAGCUGCGAUAUGGGGCAGGGUGGACAACCUGAAGCUGCUUAUAGGAUGUGGAGGCGAUCCAUACCAAAGAGACCUGGACGGCUUCUCCGCUUUUGACUAUGCUGUGCGGGAACAGCAGUGGGAGGUGUAUGACUAUCUACAUAAUGUAGUGGACGACAAGGAUGACUCCUUUGGAUCACACUGCGCUUAUACUAUAGAUUUGGACAAAAUUUUAGUAUCAACAGACCAAGUAGUGGCAGAAUAUGAGCCCGUUACCAAUGACCAACAACAACGUAUGUCCAUACGAAAAUCUGACAUGGUCCGGGAGUGGUGCGAAAAGAACACCUUUACCAUGAACAAAUUAUACCCCACUAUACUCGGAGACACUUAUCUCAUAGACGAGUCUGAACCCUGGCUGGUAGACCUAACAAACCUGAACAUCAAAGAUAAAGAAGAUCUAAACGACACAAUAAACACGUUUAAAACGUGCAAAUCGAAAGCAGAAGUAGAAAUAAGCGGCAUCCAACCUCUAGAACAAACGGUGGACAAAACUACAGAAAGCAAUGAUCUCAAGCAAAGAAUUAGUAUGUACGAAAACUUCUCUCUACCCGGAUCUCCGAACUGCAUCACGCAUGUUAAUUACCAUUCGAAGAGUAGUUUGAAAAAGAAGAAUUCGUCUAAUUUCAAGAGUAGAUUGACUGAAGAGUCUCUUAUAACGGAUGACAAUUCAAGGGAUUUGGACAAAGCUGUGAUAGUUAUGCAAAAUAAGACGAAUGAAUGGUUAUCAUCUUGUAGUGAUGAAAAUAAGGUUUUUAAUACAAGACGCUCGUCAGCUAGUAGUGGUGUGAGCAGUAACUUUUCUGGGAGCAUUGUGCUUGCAAAUGUUCAUGAAGAAUAUAAGUAUGAGGAUAAGGAAGAAGAUGUUGUUCUUAUUGAGAAGCGAUUGAAGGUUUCUUCUAUCGUAUUACCAGUAGACGAAGCAGCAGACCAAAACUCGCCCGACCAAACAAUUCUAUCCGUAGCCUCCUCGCUACCUCCAUCCAUGGAGUAUGACACCAACACGCUCAGAGCUGAACUAACCAAGCUGGGAUUCAAACCUGGACCCAUACUGGAUAAUACUAAAACAUUGUACUUGAAGAAAUUACAAGCGUUGAGGAAAAACCCCAUUGUGGCCAAGAGUAACGAACAAGGCAAAUCAUACAGCAUAGAAUUAGAGAAAUCCCUUCGCAACGAGGACUGGAUGCAAAAUUUAUCACCUUACAUUGAGUUGGAAAACAAAGCAAGAGCAGAUUUCGCGAAUCCCAACAAAAAAUGGCGGGAGGGCACUACGAAAACAUCGUUUACAUAUUUAUUAUUGGACCCGAGGCUUACUAAUAACCUGCCCGCUAGAGCCUCGAAGCAAAAUAGCCAUUUAUCGUGGGUGACCUUCGUUAAUUCCAUAUUUUAUGUUGGGAAAGGUAAACGCUCGCGCCCCUACUCCCAUCUCUACCAAGCGUUAACUCUAUGGAAGCGUGACUUCCGCCAGUCCAAAGACAAAAAAGUUCAACACAUACUCGACAUAUGGAACGACAAAGUAGGCGUUAUAUGUUUGCAUAUUUUUCAAAACGUCAUACCAGCUGAAGCAUAUACUUACGAAGCGUCCAUGAUAGAUGUUAUUGGCAUACAAAAUUUGAAAAAUUUAAAGGCAGGUAAUUAUUAUGGGGUCGCGGCUUCUUGGCCGUUGAAGGAACGACGGAUGUUCGGCUUGUAUUUAUUGUACAAGGCAAUGCAUAUUUUCCUUAGUGAAGGAGAGAGGCAGUUACGGCCUGAUGAUAUAGACUGAUUAUUAUAGUGAUUUUAAAAUGAAUGUAUUAAAUUGGUUGUUUAUUUCUUUAUUGUAUAUUGUAAGACGCAUUAAUGAAAUGAUUAGUACUUUAAAAUUAAUAAUUGUGGAAAAUACAUUUUGGAAGAAUUUUAUAUACUUUUAUCUUAUUUGAAUAAUUCAAAUUGUCGAUGUGACAGCGAUUUUUUGGCGCAUUAAAAAUAAAAACGAAUGCUACUUACUUAGUUCAACAAAAUUUUUGUAGUUAUAAUGAAAUCUUGAUUCCAUAAAAAUAUGGAAUAUUAUGUGAAAUGUCUAUUUGUAUAACAGUAUUACUUAAUGCCUAAAGCCCUUUCUAUAUUAUUUAUAUAGAUAACCUUGCCUGUAAUUUAUUUGUAGUUAUAAGUUUGUUUCUGUACCUUGACAAUCUGUUACGAACAGCCAAAGAAUUCCCAAUUUUACUCCAAAUAAUUGUACCCUGAAUAGGUGACGGUUAUUAGUAGUGAUAUUGAGAUUAUUUAUGAUAAAGUUUAUAAUAAUAAGUUAUUGAUUAAUAUAAGUAGAAAGAGUAGUUCAAUAAACGCGGCGAAUUGAAUGUUACUUGCAAGCCACGGCUGGACAAGUUAUAAUAAUUUAUUUAAUAA